ACAGUAAAUUCACUUUGUGUGUUCAAAUGCCUUUGCAAACCCAACUGUUACUUUGCAAAAGUAACAGUGACAUCAUCACGGUACUGCACAUAGUCUUUGCAGAGAGCAGAGCUGUGGGAGGGGCCCAGCAGGUCCACUCACCACAGGCUGCCUGCAGAAAAUUACAGGAGGGGGUGGAGACAAGACCAGGCACUCUGCACAAGGAGAAAGAGCAGCAGCAGCUCAUGUUCAAAAGGCAAAGUUUCACACCGGAUUACUGCACAGACUUGGAAGAAAUACACAAAUCAUACCAAGAUUUGAGUAAGAAUAAC